AUGACCAAAUGGCUGAGUGUUCGAGUUUUAUGCAUGUUCGGCGCGCACCAGAAUACUUGCCCCCUCAUUCCCUCGCGCUGGCUCUGUUCCGCCUCAUAUUCUCUCAUUCGCACCCUCCUGCGGGACGCGGGCGCUCACCGCUCGUUAGCGCGGACUCAUGAGGGCGCGUCAGAUGCAUGCGGACUCAGACCCAGCAGCCCUCACAAUGACGCGAAUACAUCACUCGCAGAUGUAGCGAGUCACCAUCACCCGCAGAAGGAGCGAGUCACCAUCACCCGCAGAAGGAGCGAGUCACCAUCACAAGCAGAAGGAGCGAGUCACAUCAUCAAUCAGCAUCACCCGCAGAAGGAGCGAAUAACCAUCACCCGCAGGAGUGAGUCACCAUCACCUGCAGAAGAAGCGAAUCACCAUCACCUGCAGAAGGAAAGGAAGCGAGUCACCAUCACCCCAGAGAACAGCGCGUCACCAUCACCCGAGAAGGAGCGAGUCACCAUCACUCGCAAGGAGCGAGUCACCAUCACCCGCAGAAGGAGCGAUCACAUCACCCGCAGAACGGAGCGAGUCACCAUCACCUGCAUAAGAGCGAGUCACCAAUCACCCUGCAGAAGGAGCGAGUCCAUCACCCGCAGAAGACCGAGUCACCAUCACCUGCAGAAGGAGCGAGUCACCCGCAGAAGGACGAGUCACAUCACCCGCGAGAAGGAGCGAGUCACCAUCACCCGCAGAAGGAGCGAGUCACCAUCACCCGCAGAAGGAGCGAGUCACCAUCACCCGCAGAGGGAGCGAGUCACCAUCACCAGCAGAAGAAGCGAGUCACCAUCACCCGCAGAAGGAGCGAGUCACCAUCACGGCAGCAAAGGAGCGAGUCACCAUCACCCCGCAGAAGAAGCGAGUGCACCAUGCACCGCAGAAGGAGCGAGUCACCAUCACCCGCAGAAGGAGCGAGUCACCAUCACCCCAGAAGGAGCGAGUCUCAUCACCCGCAGAAGAAAGCGAGUCACCAUCACCCCAGAAGGAGCGAGUCACAUCAUCCGCAGAAGAGCGAGUCACCAUCACCCGCAGAAAGAGGAGUCACCAUCACCCGAGAGGAGCGAGUCAUCACCAUCACCCGCAGAGGAGCGAGCGAGCGAUCACCAUCACCCGCAGAAGGAGCGAGUCACCAUCACCGCAGAAGAGCGAGUCACCAUCACCCACGAGCAGAAGGAGCGAGUCACCAUCACCGCAGAAGAGCGAGUCACCAUCACCGCAAAGAAGCGAGUCAACCAUCACCCGCAGAAGGAGCCGAGUCCACCAAUCACCGCAGAAGAGAAGCGAGUCACCAUCACCAUGCAGAAAGAGCGAGAUCACCAUCACCCGCAGAAGAAGCGAGGUCACCAUACCCGCAGAAGGAGAAUCACCAUCACCCGCAGAAGGAGCGAGUCACAUCACCCGCAGAAGAGCGUCAGAAGGAGCUCAUCACCCGCAGAAGGAGCGAGUCACCAUCACCCGCAGAAGGAGCGAAUCACCAUCACCCGCAGAAGGAGCGAGUCACCAUCACCCGCAGAAGGAGCGAGUCACCAUCACCCGCAGAAGGAGCGAAUCACCAUCACCCGCAAAGGAGCGAAUCACCAUCAACCCGCAGAAGGAGCGAUCACCCAUCACCCCAGAAAGAAAUCACCAUCACCCGCAGAAGGAGCGAGUCACCAUCACCCGCAGAAGGAGCGAAUCACCAUCACCCGCAGAAGGAGGUCACCGCAUCACCAUCACGCAGAAGGAGCGAGUCACCAUGCAGAAGAAGCGAGUCACCAUCACCCGCAGAAGGAUCACCAUCACCCGCAGAAGGAGCGAAAUUACCAUCACCCGCAGAAGGAGCGAGCAGAAGGAGUCACCAUCACCCGCAGAAGGAGCGAGUCACCAUCACCCGCAGAAGGAGCGAAUCACCAUCACCCGCAGAAGGAGCGAAUCACCAUCACCCGCAGAAGAAGCAAGUCACCAUCACCCGCCGAAGGAACGAGACACCAUCACGUCGACAGUGUAGCGUAUAGUGACUCAUUCCAGCCAGUCCUCCUCGUCGGAGUCCGCUGUCAGAUUCUGCAUUAG